UGUGGCUGUGUUCAGAACCAGGAUCAUACCGGAGAGGGAGCCUGCGACUGUGGAGCAUCAAGGAGCAGAGGAAAGGCACACCCGGGAGGAAAAGUGCAGCUGCGCCUGUUUGGAGUGGACCUGCUUAGGCACUUUUUACGCACGCAUGUUACGCACAGGGACUAACUCAUUUUAAGGACGUACAUCGAUAUAUUUUUUUUACAUUUUAUGGACUAAAACACAUUUAAAUAUGAUACUAAAUAUAAAACAUAUCCUGUGGCUAUAUUGCCUCUGUGAAGCUGCAUCUACAACAGCCUCCAACUCUUUAUCAAUAAUCAGGCCGGUGUCUGGGUCCCUGUCGGGGAAGGUGAAUCUCCCCUGCUUCUUCUCGACAAUCCCAACCUCAGCGCCUGUCAUCAGUCCCAACGGAACAGCCAUUUCUAGCGGCGAUUACUUGCGGAUCAAAUGGACCAAAAUAGACGGGCAGGUGGAGUCGACCGUGCUGGUGGCACAAAAUGGGGUCAUCAAGAUAGGCUCAAGCUACAGGAACCGUGUAUCCGUGCCCAGUCACCCCGAGGAUGUCGGUGACGCCUCGCUGACCAUGGUCAAGCUGCGUGCCAGUGACGCUGGCACCUAUCGUUGCGAGGUCAUGUACGGCAUUGAAGACACACAGGACACAGUUAACCUCGAUGUCAGCGGUGUUGUUUUUCACUACCGGGCGAGCACCGACAGGUACACUUUGACCUACGAGAAGGCUGUCCAAACUUGCCGAAACGUCGGCGCAACCAUUGCUACCUAUGACCAGCUGAAAGCAGCCUAUGAGGAUGGCUUUGAUCAGUGUGAUGCUGGUUGGAUUGCUGACCAGACAGUGAGAUACCCAAUCACAAGACCGAGACAGGGCUGCUUUGGCAACCUUAAGACUAAACCUGGCGUUCGGUCGUACGGAGCCAGGAAACCAACAGAAACCUAUGACGUAUUCUGUUAUGUAGACAAACUUGAUGGUAAGCAGUGUUCACUCUUCGGCCGAAAUAAAUAAAUAGACCUCCAAAUUAUA